ACAGUACUAUUGCUUAGUAGAUAUAGACUAGUAGUGGAAUGAUUUAUUGUCUAUUGGUAACAGUGUUAUAUAGUUAGCAGGGGAAGCAUUACUAGAUUCUGUUUGCCAGCACAGUAGUAAAUUCUUUAGUACGUGUUUGGUUAACGUGCAUUAACAUCAGUUAGUGCGUAGAGUAGUCUAUAUAAGGUUUAGUAAGACCUUUAGCAAACGUUUUGUGGGUGAUUGGUGACCUUUAGCAGAUGCUCGGUGUAGUAGCACAGUAGAGUUUAGCGCCAUAGUGGUACGGCUUUACAAGGCAGUCAUUCAUCUAUUCCGAGAGAAUUGAUGCCAAAACACGUUGGAACAAUGUUACCAGUAGUCCUAAUCGCGACCAAUGUGCCCGAAUUCUCCUAGGGUCAGUAUGUCUCAUUUGGAGUAGCAUUACUUAUAUGCAUUGGACAGGAAAGUGGACCAAAACCAGUCCAUACUGGAACAAUCAUAUCCUGGACGGCAGUGGUCUGGAUGACGGUACCCUAUCCCAAUGGCUACAGGCCUUAGGGUUUCCCAAGGAAAUGUUAAAUGAUAAGGGGCCGAAAAAUAGAUUAGAUCAGGUUAUAUGGGAUGGGUUUAUGGGAAAAACUAUUUUGGGGUUUUACAGCACCUGCAGGUGUUGGUGCCGUAAGGUUACACUAAGGAACAACAUCCUGGAAAUGUUCACCGACGAUCCUGCAUAAUUUCUCUUUUGCACAAUAAACUGCUGCGAUAUUAGGUAUAGAUGUUAUAAAAGCGUUGACUGUAAGCCUUUAUUCCGAAAGUAGCUUUGCAUAAGGAAGACAGUCCAAAUGUUAUCCGAAACAACAAUACUUACGAGAAUAACUUAUAUAUGUUUGUUGAUUGAUGCUAGCGGCAUAAGGGCGAUGCGAGUUUUCUAAACGUGCCUCCGCAAGUAUAUUGGUGUCGGUGCCCUGUUUCUGAUUUCUCUGGGCUACACAGUAACUUACACCACUUUUCAUUUGGUCCUGGCGUUAAGUUUCUUGAACGUCUAAUGUACCCAAAGUAAGGUGGUAAAUGUUGACACGGACCCUAGUAGUAUGCAAAACAUAUCAUAA